AUGGAACAUUACGACGAUAAGAUCAACGUACUGGGCAACGCUAGUUACGUGGUAGCAAACUUCUUGGCCGAUGCACUCCUGCUCUAUCGCUGCUAUGUCGUCUGGGCCAAAAGAUGGUGGAUUGUCAUCAUCCCCGCCUGCGUCUACAUUGCAUCCACAACGAUGUCAAUCUUGCUAUUGUAUCAGACCAGUCAGCCGACGGAGAGUCUGUGGCUUCAGGUUAACGUCGGACUCGCCUACUUUUCCCUCUCGCUAGCAGUGAACCUCCUCUUGACGCUCCUCAUCGUCGGCCGCCUGCUCGCCAUGAGCAAUCGCGUGAAGAACAUGCUCGGCGCGCAACACGCGCACACCUACACCAGUAUCGCCGCCCUCGUCGUUGAGAGCGCCACGCCCUACGCCCUCACAAACCUCGUCUUCAUCAUCACCUACGGCAUCGGCAGCCCCGGCUCCAACGUCAUCCUCCCCAUCCUCUCGCAGAUCAUGUGCACGAGCUCGGUGCUCAUUAUCCUGCGCGUCGCCAGUGGCCGCGCGUGGAGCGCGCAGACGACGGACCUGGCGUACAACGAGAGGGGAAAUCUGAUGAGCAACCUUUCGUCGAGCAAGGGUAGGUCGGGCACGAUGGUGGUGUCGAGCAUCCAUUACAAGAGCUCGGACUCGCACGAAAGGGGUGUGAGCUCAGAGAUCGACAUCGGAGAGGCGUAG